AUGGACGAUUUGGUUCAUGCAGCCAAACAGGCUACUGAGAAAGAGCACCGCAUGACAGUUUGGCAGGGCUUGAAAUUAUACCCUAAAGCUGUCGGCUGGUCUCUCCUAAUAUCGGCUGCAAUCAUCAUGGAAGGCUACGACACGCUGCUCAUAGGAUCUUUCUAUGGGCUACCCGCCUUCAAUAAGAAAUAUGGACAUCAAAUGCCCGAUGGUUCUUACAGCCUGUCUGCGCAAUGGCAAGCUGCCCUAUCAAAUGCCACAAUCUGUGGUCAGAUCCUAGGGCUUUUCGCCAACGGUAUCGUGUCCGAACGAUUCGGAUAUCGAAAGACAAUGAUGUAUUCCCUGGCGGCUACCUCUGCAUUCAUUUUCAUGUUGUUUUUUGCCCACAACAUCCAGACUCUGGUGGCUGGCGAAGUGCUGAUGGGAAUCCCGCUUGGCGUCUACCAGACCCUCUCCGUCACGUACGCUUCGGAAGUGUGCCCUGUAGCGCUUCGCGCCUACUUGACGACCUUUGUCAAUCUCUGCUGGGUUAUCGGCCAGCUGCUUGCUUCUGGCGUCGUAAAAGGUGUUUCUAGCCGGACAGAUCACUGGGCUUACCGAAUCCCCUUUGCCGUUCAGUGGGUGUGGCCUAUUCCAAUUUUUAUCGGCGUUUGUUUGGCCCCCGAAAGCCCAUGGUGGCUGGUACGCAAUGGUCGUCGAGAGGAUGCCGUUCGAUCUUUGCAGCGAUUGACCGCAAGCACAGACGUCGACUUCAAGGCCGAAGAAACAGUCGAUAUGAUGGUACAUACUAACGAACUCGAGAAGAAAAUCACCGCCGGCACCACCUACUGGGAUUGCUUCCGUGGGCACGAUCUCCGCCGGACUGAAGUCUCCUGCUGUAUCUGGGUCGCGCAGGCCUUGUGUGGCGCUGGCUUAAUGGGGUAUUCCAACGUCUUUUACCAACGCGCGGGACUUCCAGUUUCGCAGGCGUUCGACCUGUCCCUUGGACAGUACGCUCUUGGCUUUUUUGGGACCCUCCUCUCUUGGGUACUAAUGACCUAUUAUGGGCGUCGAAGCUUAUAUGUCGGCGGCCUCGCGAUACUGUGCAUACUGCUCUUCAUUGUCGGAUUUAUAUCAAUUGCUCCAGUGUCUUCAGCCACAUCCUGGGCUACUGGAUCCAUGCUGCUGGUCUAUACCUUCUUUUAUGACUCUACGGUAGGCCCGGUGUGCUUCUCGCUCGUGUCCGAAAUUCCUGCGUCGCGACUUCGGAUCAAGACGGUUGUGCUUGCUCGCAACAUCUACAAUUGCUUUGGCAUCAUCAAUGGAGUCAUCUUUCCAUAUAUGCUGAACGAGGACGCGUGGAACUGGAGAGGCAAGGCUGGAUUUUUCUGGGGAGGAAUUUGUUUGCUUUGCUUUACGUGGGCCUUCUUUCGCCUUCCUGAACCCAAGGGCCGUACUUUUGCGGAAAUGGAUGCGUUGUUUGAGAAGAAGGUGCCGGCCAGGAAAUUCGCGUCUACCAAGGUCGAUAUAUUUCAUGCAGAGUCUGCUGAAUCAAGCCAAGAGGAAAACUAG